AUGUCUCCGUCUACGCAGUUUAUCUGCCGCAGCUCACGAGCGGACCCUGCCCAGCGGAGCGGGGCCGGCGCCAAGGGUGGACUGCAAGGAUACAUUUUCCUGAUCGCAGGCUCCAAGCCAGAGGCCAAGAUUCAACAGAUUGGCACCAGUCACGAGUCUCAACCACUCGGAUACACGUGGAAGAAACGGAAAUUUCAUAUCUCAUCCUGGAAAGGACGAGAAUAUCUGAUCAAGGACGUCCACUGA